AGACUUUGUACGGCUCGUCUGGCUUGUCAAUUUCUCCAAGGUCGUCCGUGGUGCCUUCCGCCAAAUCUCCCCUCCUCCCCCUCCCCCCCACCUAACUUGGUUUGCACGUCGUCGACCUUCCCCCCACGACACCGCACCAAAACAUCAUCAAUUCCUCCUAUCCUACACCUAAUCAACAUCCCGACCGGUUCCUAAAGUCUCGUGGACGCAACCCUUCUCGGCCUCACCUGGAGUAACACAUAAUCACCCGGCGCCAACCUCGCCACCCUUUCGUUUGUAGCCGGGUGAACAACGCUGGAUAGCCCUCAGCUGUCACGCCUGUAAGCUCGCCAGCCAUGGCCGAGUCUAAUGCCGCCGGCGCCCCGGCGCUUCAGACCAACAUUGAGUCGGGCAAGUUCGACGAGAAGGACGCUCACCGAGCUCAGGACCCGACCCGUACCGGUGCCAAGGUUGGGGAAGAAGAGGAGGAAGAUGAGGACAUCGACGCCCUGAUCGAGGAUCUCGAGUCCCAGGAUGGCAACGCCUUCGACGAGGAGGAAGAGGGCGAGGGCCAGCCCGGCGCAGGACGAGUUGUGCCUGAUGAGAUGCUGCAGACCGAUACUCGCGUCGGUCUUACCGAGGCCGAGGUUGUGAACCGCCGACGCAAGUAUGGUCUGAACCAGAUGAAGGAGGAGAAGGAGAACCUCAUCCUCAAGUUCCUCGGGUUCUUCGUCGGACCCAUCCAGUUCGUCAUGGAGGCUGCUGCCGUCCUUGCUGCUGGUUUGGAAGACUGGGUCGAUUUCGGUGUCAUCUGUGCUCUGUUGCUUCUCAAUGCUUGUGUCGGGUUCAUCCAGGAAUUCCAGGCCGGUUCUAUCGUCGAGGAAUUGAAGAAGACUCUUGCCCUCAAGGCUGUCGUUCUCCGAGAUGGUACCUUGAAGGAGAUUGAGGCACCGCACGUCGUCCCUGGUGAUAUCCUCCAGGUCGAGGAGGGUACCAUCAUUCCUGCUGACGGCCGAAUCGUUACCGACGAUGCUUUCCUUCAAGUCGAUCAGUCGGCCAUCACCGGCGAGUCUCUCGCUGUCGACAAACACAAGGGCGAUCAGUGCUUCGCCUCCUCCGCUGUCAAGCGUGGUGAAGCGUUCAUGGUUGUUUCUGCUACUGGAGACAACACCUUCGUCGGUCGCGCCGCUGCCCUCGUCAAUCAGGCUUCCGCCGGCAGUGGCCACUUCACCGAGGUGCUUAACGGCAUUGGUACCGUGCUGCUCAUCCUCGUCGUUUUCACUUUGUUGAUUGUCUGGGUCUCCUCGUUCUACCGAUCCAACCCCAUCGUCGAGAUUCUCCGCUUCACCCUGGCCAUCACCAUUGUCGGUGUUCCCGUCGGUCUCCCGGCUGUCGUCACCACUACCAUGGCUGUAGGCGCUGCGUAUCUUGCCAAGAAGAAGGCCAUCGUUCAGAAGCUUUCCGCCAUCGAGUCUUUGGCCGGUGUCGAAAUCCUGUGCUCGGACAAGACUGGUACCCUGACCAAGAACAAGCUUUCCCUCUCAGAGCCCUUCACCGUCGCCGGUGUUGACCCCGAAGAUCUCAUGCUCACUGCCUGUUUGGCCGCUAGCCGCAAGAAGAAGGGUAUGGACGCCAUCGACAAGGCCUUCCUAAAGUCUCUCAAGUACUACCCCCGCGCCAAGGGUGUUCUCUCCAAGUACAUUGUCAAAGAAUUCUUCCCCUUUGAUCCCGUGUCCAAGAAGGUUACCGCAAUUGUCGAAUCUCCCCAGGGCGAGCGCAUUACCUGUGUCAAGGGCGCUCCUUUGUUCGUUUUGAAGACUGUCGAGGAAGACCACCCCAUCCCUGAGGAGAUUGACCAAGCCUACAAGAAUAAGGUUGCUGAGUUCGCUACUCGCGGUUUCCGUUCUCUUGGUGUCGCCCGUAAGCGUGGUGAGGGUGCCUGGGAGAUUCUCGGCAUCAUGCCUUGCUCCGACCCGCCCCGUCACGACACUGCCCGCACCAUCAACGAAGCUAAACGUCUCGGUCUCUCGAUCAAGAUGCUUACUGGUGAUGCUGUCGGUAUCGCUCGUGAGACAUCUCGCCAGCUUGGUCUCGGUACUAACGUGUACAACGCUGAACGGCUCGGUCUUGGUGGCGGCGGUGAUAUGCCCGGCUCUGAGGUGUACGAUUUCGUCGAGGCUGCUGAUGGUUUUGCCGAAGUCUUCCCCCAGCACAAGUAUAAUGUGGUGGAGAUUCUUCAACAGCGUGGCUACCUUGUUGCCAUGACGGGUGACGGUGUCAACGAUGCUCCCUCGUUGAAGAAGGCUGACACUGGUAUCGCUGUCGAGGGCGCCUCUGACGCCGCCCGAUCCGCCGCCGAUAUCGUCUUCUUGGCCCCUGGUCUCGGUGCUAUCAUUGACGCCCUCAAGACCUCUCGGCAGAUUUUCCACCGUAUGUAUGCGUACGUUGUCUAUCGUAUCGCCCUGUCCCUCCACUUGGAGAUCUUCCUGGGCCUGUGGAUCGCCAUCCUGAACCGUUCCUUAAACAUCGAGCUUGUCGUCUUCAUCGCUAUCUUCGCGGAUGUCGCUACUCUUGCCAUCGCCUACGACAACGCCCCCUACUCGAUGAGCCCUGUCAAGUGGAACCUGCCGAAGCUGUGGGGUAUGUCGGUUCUCCUCGGUGUCGUCUUGGCCGUGGGUACCUGGAUCGCUGUCACCACCAUGUAUGCUCAGGGCGAGAAUGGCGGUAUCGUGCAGAACUACGGUAACAUGGACGAGGUCCUGUUCCUCGAGAUCUCUCUCACCGAGAACUGGCUGAUCUUCAUCACCCGUGCCAACGGUCCUUUCUGGUCCUCUAUCCCGUCGUGGCAGCUGGCCGGCGCUAUUCUCGUCGUUGAUAUUCUCGCCACCUGCUUCACCAUCUGGGGUUUCUUCGAGGACUCGCACACCCACAUCGUCGCCGUCGUCCGUAUCUGGAUCUUCUCCUUCGGUGUCUUCUGCAUCAUGGGUGGCGUUUACUAUAUCCUGCAAGAUAGUGUCGGAUUCGACAACCUCAUGCACGGCAAGUCGCCCAAGGGCAGCCAAAAACAGAGAUCACUCGAGGAUUUCGUGGUCUCGUUGCAACGUGUCUCGACGCAGCACGAGAAAUCCCAAUAGACGACCGGUCGGUGAGGAAGGAAGCCCACAGCCAGCCGGUACCGCUAUCAGGGGAGACGUACAAUUGUGUUACAUACACUUGCCCUUCGGUUUAUAGAUUCCGGACCAGGCUCGGUUGUUCACAUUUCCAUUUCUUGUAAACUCCAUGCCUCGGCGCGUAAGCCUCGGUUCGCUCAUACCCACACGUUAGUCUUAAUAAGAAAGAAAAAAUUGCAAAUACGUGGCGUGCCUCGUUGCUGUGCAGACGCAUGUAGUAAUUGCCAGCCGGCCAGCACUCGUAACGACUGGAGGAGGUUGGAUCAUGUGGAAAAUGACCCUUACGCUUUUCAUGUAUGUAUUAUAGGGCAAGUCGUGCACGGGUAUCUCUCGCAACGCCUACGACCAUGAUCCGACGAGAUGAAGGGGGGGGGGAGAGAGGGUGUGUGUAGUUAUGAGGAAUCGAAUCAUCUUGAUGAACUGUG